GUGAGGCGUGAAGACGAUGUGGAAAAGUUGGUGUUUAUUGUCGUGUAUUUAAUAUCUGAACAUGGAGGGCUGAGAAGGUGCAGAGUAUUUUUUUUUUUAUUAUUUAAACUUCAUAAGUCUGCAUUGUGCCUCCUGUUAUGUGAACAAACGUUGUCUGAGGAUGCCGAGGAGCGCGACGCACACGGAGGUGUUCAGGGAGCGCUUUGGCUCCCUUCCCCCGGGAAGGGAGCGUGACGGAGCGGCGGCGGAGGAGCGGAGCUCCGGUCCCGGCCCGGAAGAGCGGCCCGGCGGGGGAGUGUGGCCCGCGGGGCUUCUGUCUGCGCUGGCCUCGGCCGCGGUGGUGUCCGCUGCGGGAGUUUUCUGCGCUUUCUGCUACAUCAUACUGAAAGACCUGCGAGCUGACAGGGUGAGGCGAGAGGAUGGCACAGAGGAGAGGAUGCUGGGUUUCUGGAGCAUCUUGGUGCUGUCGGUAUUAGCAGGGUGUAUCUGCUGCAGCCUCUCCUGCAUCCUCACCUACCUCGACUCCUAUGGGCCCGAUGGAGCGUCCCCCACCAGCUGGAGCCCAACACACUGCAGAGAUGUUUCCGGACAGGAAUGCUACGUGAGCUACGGCGUGGCUCUUCUGAACGGCAUCAUGGCCAUGCUGACCGUCGUCUGGAGUCUCUCCUGACACUCACUCCAGGAUUAAAGAUUUUUAGAUUUCCACCACCAUGCUGCAUAACUUCCUGUUUCAUGUUUUUUUGGAAUUAAAAAUAUGUCUUUGCUCUAAUUUGUACUGCCUGGAAUUUCCUGUUG